AUGGCGAAGAGCAAGUCCAAGACCCGCGACGUCAGCAACAGCUUCAGCGCCAGCUUCGACGGCGAGCAGAACGGCGUGAGCCCCGUGGCCGUGUCGCUCAGCAGCGACUCGGAGCACCUGUGCGCGUCGCCCGGCUCGGUGCGCGCGCCCACGCCGCUGAGCGUGGGCACGGACGGCAAGGCCGAGCGCUCGCACUGCCUCGUCAUCUACACGGGCGGCACCUUCGGCAUGGUGCCCGAUGAGAACGGCGUGCUGCACCCGAGCAGCGGCUUCCUGGAGAAGAAGAUCAGCGAGAUGGACGAGUUCAAGUUCGAGAACAUGCCGCGCGUGACGGUCAGCGAGUGGAAAAACCCCAUCGACUCGUCCGACAUGUCCCCCUCGGACUGGGGCACCAUCGCGCGCGAGAUCGAGGCCAAGUACUGGGACUACGACGGCUUCGUGGUGCUGCAGGGCACCGACACGAUGGCCUACACGGCCUCGGCGCUGAGCUUCAUGCUCGAGUACCUGGGCAAGCCCGUGGUCAUCUCGGGCGCCAUGAUCCCGCUGCACUUCCCGCACAGCGACGCGCGCCGCAACCUCAUCAUGUCGGUAAUGUGCGCGGCGUCGCUGGCCAUCCCCGAGGUCUGCAUCUACUCGAACAACAAGCUGCUGCGCGGCAACCGCACCACCAAGGUGGCCAACAUGUCGGUGGACGCCUUCCACUCGCCCAACUUCCCGUCGCUCGCGGUGACCGGCGUCGAGGCCAUCGUGGACCAGCCGCUCAUCCUGCCGUACCCGCGCUCGCGCUUCCGCGUCUUUACCGACCUGUCCACCAACAUCUGCGUCUUCCACCUGGUGCCCGGCUUCGACGAGGAGUGCAUCGAGGCGUACAUCGAGCGCCACAACGCCACCAAGGACAAGGACAAGCGGAAGGCGCUCGUGUUCGCGCUGUACGGCACGGGCAACGCCCCGCUGCGCAAGGACGGCUUCCUGCGGCUCGUCAAGAUGGCCAUCGACGCGCAGAUCCCCGUGACCAUCACGUCCCAGUGCGUGCAGGGCCGCACCCAGCUGGACACGUACGCUACGGGCGUGAACCUGCUCAACAUGGGCGUGAUCACGUCUCUGGACAUGACGAUCGAGGCCUGCAUCGCCAAGCUGGCCUACCUCAUGGGCAAGGGCUUUGAGGGCAAGGAGCUCAAGGCCAAGAUGGAGACGGACCUGCGCGGCGAACUGUCCAUCGUGGACGCCGUAGCAAAUGGAGAGGAAAUGAGCCGCACGCGCCAGUACCGCAAGACCGUCGUCCGCAGCUUCGCCUCGCACUAG